AUGUCAUCAUCGGUGAAGCUUUUUGGCAUUACAAUAUGUACAAAGCAGCUUUACUCAAAGAUUAAUGAGGGUGCUGUUUGCCCAGCUAGUUCAUCUGCUACUACAAUAUCUGCUAAUGUCAAUUCAAUUCCCAUACUUAAUGGAACAAACUUCAAGGAUUGGAAAGAGAACAUAUUGAUUGUUCUUGGCUGCAUGGAUCUUGACCUUGCACUUCGGGUUGAGGAACCCACUCCUCUUACGGAAGAAAGUUCUCCUGAUGAAAGGAGGAACUUUGAGAGGUGGGAUCGCUUAAAUCGCAUGAGUCUAAUGAUCAUUAAGCGCGGCAUUCCGGAAGCCUUUAGAGGUGCAGUAUCCGAAGGGAUAACUUAUGCCAAGGAGUUCCUUGCCGAAAUUGAGAAGCGUUUUGUGAAAAACGAUAAGGCUGAAACAAGCACGCUUUUGCAAAGCUUGAUUUCAAUGAGUACAAAGGCAAGGGAAACAUAA